ACAACCACAACGAAAGUAAAACACUGAAGACAUACCCAGGGAGAGUUAUCAGAGUUAUCCUACUAGAGUGGUCGGGAGAGAUGCAGAGGGCCAUACUGCUGGUGUUGUUGGUUUACCUGGUGGAUGGCACUUUCUUCAGGGAUGAAACAUCAAGUAGGAGGGUGACCAAGACGGAGGCUGAGGAGGUCGUGGUGAAUGAGGUGGACAACGACCUGCUACUCACACGAAGCCUCAGGGCGGCUGAUACUGACGCUUUGGUGAAGGAGGGAAGUGGUGAUGGAGAUGAUAAUAAAGGUAGGAGAGACACACGAGGCAAGGAAGAAGAUGACACACGUACCAAGAAUAAGGAGGACAAACGUGAUGCCACCAAGAAUGAAGGGAAGAUAAAAACUAGUGAUAAACGUCGUGGAAAUGAAGAUGAAAGUGUAGAUGGAGGAAAAAGGACGACAAUCAAGAGAAAACAUAAGAAAACGGAAAAUGAUGACAAAAGAAAAGAUAACGGAAGAAAUGAAAAGAAAAGUACUUGGCCAUCACGAAGGAAUAUUAAGGAAAAUGGACCAGGGAAAGUAAGAAACCAGGAAACAAGGAAAAGAAACAAGGAAGUAACGAGGGAGAAAGAGGAGGAAAGAGAUAAAUCUAAAAAUAAGAAGAUAGAAAAACAAUCCAAGACAACAAGGAAGAAUGAAGAGAUGAAACCAGUAAAGAAUGAAGGGGAGAUGGAGAAACUGGAGAAAAAAGGACGAGAUAAUAAAACAAAGAACGAAGAAAAAGAAAAUGAACUUAAGAAGAAAGGUGUGGGAGAGAAACGUGAACAGAAAGAUAAGAAAAUAGGAAAAGAAAACCAAAUUAUGAAGAAAAGAAAUGAAAAUAAACCAAAGAAAACAAUAAAACAAAAGAAAUCGAAGAAGGAAAGAGUGGACAAGAAAUCAACAAUAAACAAGAAAAAUAACCAAUCAAAGAAAUUAUCAAAAGGGAAAAAAACAUUAAGGGAAAAAGUAAACGAGAAUGAACACAAGAAAACAGGAAAAUCAAACAAGUCAAAGAAGAACAAAAAGUACCUGGAUGUGUGUGAGGCCUCCUACACCCUGGGCUACGGUGAGACAGUCGUCGUCUUUACCAGCAACACCAGAGAUAAACAGAAAUGUAAAGCCACACUGAAGGGCCCAGCUGACACCACGAUCACCUUCACGUGUCCUCAGUUCAACCUCAACGAGUUAGGCUGCGCAAAGGAGAAGAUUGUGCUUACCGGCGUGACCAAGACCAAGAAGAAGUGA